AUGCACCAGACACCAAAAGAAGUCCUACAAUUUACCAUUGCAGUUUUCAGGUGCCUGGUUAGAGCCAGCUUAAACCUGGCUCUAACCCCGGACAUCUUAAAAUUGAUCAUAAAGAGGACAUCACAUGUCCAGAUGGAACUCAAGACAAAAGUCCAUGGUCGAGCUGGCACUUAUUAUGGAUUCCGUGCAAGCUCAUCUCCAAAGGUUAUCGCACAGAAUUGCCAACUGGCGAUGGACAUGAAGGAAAAUGUAUUGUUUGUUUACAAAGAUCUGAAGGCCCAAAAGGGCCUGUAUAAGGCUGGAAUAAUUCAAAUUAUAUUAGAUGACAUGUGGUUCGCCAACUGCAAUGACAAGGGUGUGGCCUACCACAAGUAUUCCAACCCUGUCUCAUUGGAGAUAGUGGCUUUGAUUCUUACCACGGUGAGUGCCAAAUCCAUUGGACAUCACAAGGGCCUGGCCUUGCAGGCAUGUCAUUUCAAAGCGGCAUUACAAGAGUAUCUGGCCAAUAGUGCUAUAGAGGAGGAGGGGGAAGAGGGUGAUGUGGAUGAUGAAGAGGGCUUCACUGUCAGCAGGGAGGAUGAUCAGGUUCUGGAGUAG